AUGCCACGAACGUUCGCUAGAGUCCACGUCUGUAGCACCAAUGAUCACCCUUCAGACAACGACAAGGUCAAGACGUGGAUCGAGAAUGCAGGCGGCACGUAUACGACGCAGCUCACAUCGCAGACUACUCACCUGUUAUGUUCCAAGAAUGCCUGGAACCGCAGGACACCCCUCGUUAGGGAGGCACGAACGAUCAAGAGAAUCAAGAUCGUCAAGUUCGACUGGAUAGUCAGGUCGCUAACUCGAUUCGGUGGGAACAAGUCCAAGAACCGUCCUCUACCCACUGCUGAAUGGGAGUGGGAUCAAAGGAAAUUCAAGCAACAGCAAAGCAAGCUCAAGCACAAGGACAAGGAAGAAGGCGCUUGUGGCGGUACCAAGAUGCCCAAUGCCGCCUCAGGCUCAGAGAGCUUCAUUGCCCGGAUACUCGAGCUUGAGAAGUUAGGACGUUCCUUUGAGCAGGCUCUCCAGACGAGCGAUACAAAAAUGUCCAACUACGGCUACACACUCUACAUCGACAACUCUGGCUUUACGUAUUCGUUUGCGCUUCUCAGACAGGACACUUACAAGACCCUCGCUCGAUACAAUGUAAGUCCACCGUUGUCUCCACCCAGCAUCCGCCUCCCCGCGAGCCUCCAUCCCUGCCCAAUGUCCCUAUACAUCCUCCCGCCCGGUCCAUUCGCGCGUCUCCCCAUCGCGCCCUACACGCUCCCCUGCCGUCUGCGCGAUCGCCACAUCCGACGCGUACCGGUUUCUGACCCGCCCGUCUUCGCCAUGCAGAUGUAUGUUUCGGAUGAAGACAAGCCUAGCUACCAGAUCGUGAGCAUCACAGUCGACUCAUCGGACCAUGCGGAGACAAAGGAAAGGCUGCCGAUCUACUCGAAAGACACAGCCUAUGCGGUUUGGUCGCAGAUAUUCCGGAAUCGGACGGGCAGGGAGUGGGGCCCAGGAGCGAGGCUGGCAGAGAAAGAAGGGAGGCAGGAGUGCAUAUGGGAUGGGAAGCAGGUGCUGUGGACGCUGCUGGAUGGGGAUGGGAGGGAAUUGGGAGUUGGGAAAGACAAGAAGAAUGGCACGGCGGGUGUGGGACGUGGUGCGGCUGCCACGAGGAUCACAAAGGCGCGAUCAUCAGCCGAUAAGGCCAAGGCGACCGCGAAGUCAUUCACAAAUCCAACGGGCGCAUUUGCAAUGCUCUCAGACCAAUUCACAAAAACCAAAGGCGACCCACCAGCAGCAUCCAACAGGGCCACGGCGCCGGCACCGCUAGACCAGAAGACGAACGCGACCACCAAAGUCAAGAACACGAAUAGUUUGUCCCGACCUAGAGCUCAGACGGCAGCGGCGGCGUCGGCCUUAAACGGGUUGCUUACUUCCAUCGGUUGA